UGGACCCUCAGAAUAAUUCUGCAGCAGCUUUUCCUCUAAGCCGAACUAGACUCUUGGGUGUUUUUUUAACUCGGUUCGGGGAGAUGGCCGCGAUCGCCAGCUCUCUGAUCCGCCAGAAGCGCCAGGCGAGGGAGUCGAACAGCGACCGGGUGUCCACGUCCAAGCGUCGACCCAGCCCCAGCAAGGACCCCCGCUCUCUAUGCGAGAGGCAUUUUUUGGGGGUCUUCAGCAAAGUGCGCUUCUGCAGCGGCAAGAAAAGACCCGUGCGCCGGCGACCAGAUGCACCCUCGAAACCUCCACAGGUGUCCCAUAAGGGCUGCAGGCUAGAGCCACAGCUGAAAGGCAUCGUGACACGAUUGUUCAGCCAGCAGGGCUUCUACCUGCAGGUGAAGCCGGACGGAACCAUUGAUGGCAGCAAGGACGAGAACAGCGACAACACCCUGUUUAAUCUUAUUCCUGUGGGUCUGAGAGUGGUGGCCAUCCAGGGAGUGAAGAGUGGCUUCUACAUCGGCAUGAACGGCGAGGGCAUGCUCUACAGCUCUGAAAUGUUCACGCCGGAGUGCAAGUUCAAGGAGUCGGUUUUUGAGAACUACUACGUGAUCUACUCGUCCACUGUUUACCGACAGCAGGAGUCGGGCCGGGCCUGGUUUCUCGGCCUCACCAAGGAGGGGCAAGUCAUGAAAGGCAACCGGGUCAAGAAGACCAAACCCUCGUCUCACUUUGUACCAAGGCCGAUUGAAGUUUGUAUGUACCGCGAGCCGUCGCUGCACGAGAUUGAGGACAAGCAUCGCUCCCGGAAGAGUUCAGGGACCCCCACCAUGAACGGAGGCAAAGCAGUCCACCAGGACUCCUCAUAGCAAAGAAAGGGAGGGGGUUCCACUGAGGGGCGUGGCCUGAACACUCCCCGGCCCCCACAUAAAAAGGGAGGGGCCUUAGGAAACUUCCCGCCUCCUUCCAAACAAACAUAUGCACCAUCGCUUCCUCGCUGAAAUAGCGUCAUCGUCAUGGCGACCGAGGAGCUACUACUGUACUCUCAUGACGAGAUGGAACAAACUCUGAACUCUUGCCUGUGAAAACUUUUAGAAGAAUUAAUACGAAACAGAGGAAAACUAUAUAUCUAUAUCUAUAUAAACAUUUUCAAUCAGGACUCGACCAAUAUUUUAUGCAAAAAAGAGAAAAAGCUGUGACACACAACAGAUCAGAGGUCUGUCUCUCCUCACACAAAUAUCUCUCAUUUACAUUUUAUGCUGUGAAAAAAAAGCUUUAAUAUGUGUUGACUUGUCAUACAUGCAUUUUUUUCUAAAUGCGCUUUUGUGUUCGGUUUGCCAAUAAUAACUAGUCCUUCAGCAUACCAAUGUGCUGUGAAGCUAACUAUAAAAAAAAUUUCCCCCUUGAAUCAAACGAGUCGCUCUGGCUGAAUGUAUUUGCUGAUCUAGUCACAAGAGUGCUUAAGCUGGCAUGUCAGUAACUCAGGUGUGUACUGUAUGUGUGACUACAACAGUGUCCAGCAUCGGAAGCAAUAUAAGAGUGCAGUGUAGGAGUGCACUCAUGUCUGUUGAGAAGACUGAACUAUUUCACGAUAUGUUUGAGAUUAGUUGGUUUUGUUAUGUAGACGGGAAUUCCAGGAAAUGGUGUUCUCCUUCCAAAAAGGAAAUGACCAGCAUCAGUAACACUAUAUGCCCAAAACACAUUUGCACUUCAUAGAACUUAACUUGUUAAAAGUAUGGUCAAAAUCAUGGAAUGUAGAUUGAUGAAAUAAGAGAAAGGAUAGGUGACAUUUUAUUGUGAAAACAUGAAAUGUGGACAGGGUGACCGAGAGCCUUCCCCGUCCAAAGGAGUUGCACAAAACCUCACCUGGCUUGGUGACCAAUGAACUACGGAGGUAGAGCGAACUGGCUGCUCUGCGGUGUAAAUGCUGUGUAUUCCCCAUCCUCCAAUUAGCGUGCCCAGUGUUUGUCUCUUUAGUCGGUCCAUUGAAGCGGUGUUUCCCAACCGUUUUCGAGCCAAGGCACACAUUGUACAGCAGAAAAAUCUCAUGGCACACCACCAAACAAAAAGUAUACAUACAGUGAACCCCCGUUCAGAGCCACUCAUAAUAGGCUAAAAUCUGCACUAUAGAGAGAGCACAAUCGUAAAAAAGGUUUUACCCCUCCCACAUGCUUUAAACACAUUUCAUCUUAUUAAAACACACUUUUUAAAGUAACCCUUAGCAGCAACUCUCUCUUUCUCGCACAGCUCUCCAAAUAGAGAGUAAGAGUGCUUACUCCAAGCUGUUCAUUUGUCACUCCUGGUUGAAGUUUAUUGUAAAACAGACACAUAAAAUAAAAUAGAACUAAACACUGUAUAUGUAAACACCAAAGUGUACAGUGCAUCUGUAUAAUUUAGUCUAAAGAAAGUCCGCUCGCUGAAAGCUAACAUAUAAAGCAAAACACAUAGACGGUUCAUGGAAAUGAGCAAAUAUGUCAGGGUAAUUA